AUGGACCUGGCGAAGCCAAUCCUCAAUUGGCCAGCAUUCGACGCAGUGUGCGAUCUCACCCUCCGGAAUGUAGUGCCACGUCUACUGUUACCUCUCCAAGAAGAAGGCCGGAUUCUGAAACCAUGCCUGAUCCACGGCGAUUGCUGGGAUGGUAACACGGCGAUCGACGCCAAGACUGGCGAGGCUUUCGUUUUCGAUGUGGCUUCCUUCUACGGGCACAACGAGUACGAUAUUGGCAAUUGGAGAGCACCGCGCCAUCGCGUGAGUAGCAAGGCCUAUAUCGACAACUACAAAUGUCAUUUCCCAGUAUCCGAACCUGUCGAAGACUGGGACGCACGGAAUCGUCUGUAUUCGUUGACCUUCAACAUCGGUAAUGCGAUGUAUGUCCCCGAGUCACAGCAGCGCCAAGUCGUAUUCGAUGAUAUGAGUACCCUGUGCCAGGUCUUCUGCCCGGACGAUCUGCAAGCCACGAUGGAGAAGCUCUCGGAACACGAUACGGUCGGCAGGGAGCCGCAGAAUCAUUGA